AAGGGCACACAUGGCCUCCUCAGAUAACCUGUGGCAAUAAAUCCACCAGCAGGCACACUUUAUGAGAAAAGUCCCUGCUGAACUGUUAACAGCUGGCAAUACCUCACUGAGUAUCUCAUACCAGGUGAACUCUAAGGAUCCUCUCUGAGAACCUGGUGAAGUUGCCCUGGCCCAGCCCUCAGCAUGCUCAGGACAGUCUUGGAUACUCCUCAGCGGUUACUGAAGAAGGGGAGAGAAUCCCGGAAGCUGGUACUGCUGGUGGUAUUUGUUGCUCUGCUCCUGGACAACAUGCUGCUCACUGUGGUGGUGCCCAUUGUGCCCACCUACCUCUAUGCCAAAGAGUUCAGAGACAUCAACGGUUCUCGAUACCUCGGCUCCACCACAACUUCCCAGCCUGCCCUCACUCCCGCUUUUUCCACUGUCUUCUCCUUCUUUGAAAACAACACCAUGGCUAUUGAAGAAAGUGUGCCCAGUAGCACAGCAAGGACAAGUGGCAUUUCUGGUACCGUCUCCCCUCCAGUCACUGAAGCCAAUGCAGCACAUGGAAACAACUGCUUUCAAGCCACAGAAUUCCUGAAGGAAGAGAACAUAUGGGUCGGGGUUCUGUUUGCUUCCAAGGCUCUGAUGCAACUUCUGGUCAACCCCUUCAUGGGACCUCUUACCAACAGGAUCGGAUAUCACAUCCCCAUGUUUGCUGGCUUUGUUAUCAUGUUUAUCUCCACAGUUAUGUUUGCCUUUUCUGGUACUUAUACUCUGCUUUUUGUGGCCCGAACUCUUCAAGGCAUUGGAUCUUCAUUUUCAUCUGUUGCAGGACUUGGGAUGCUGGCCUGUGUCUACACUGAUGACCACGAGAGAGGGCGGGCCAUGGGAAUUGCCUUGGGGGGCCUGGCCUUGGGAGUGCUGGUAGGAGCUCCCUUUGGAAGUGUGACGUAUGUGUUUUUGGGGAAGACUGUACCCUUCCUCAUCUUGGCCUUCCUGGCUCUUCUGGAUGGAGCACUCCAACUCUGCAUCCUACAGCCUUCUAAAGUCUCUCCUGAGAGUGCCAAGGGGACUCCACUCCUCAUGCUUCUCAGAGACCCUUAUAUCCUGGUGGCUGCAGGCUCCAUCUGCUUUGCCAACAUGGGGGUGGCCAUGCUGGAGCCCACAUUGCCUAUCUGGAUGCUGCAGACCAUGUGUGCUCCUGAGUGGCAGUUAGGUCUAGCCUUCUUGCCCGCCAGUGUGUCCUACCUCAUUGGCACCAGCCUCUUUGGUGUGCUGGCCAACAAGAUGGGUCGGUGGCUAUGCUCCCUGAUUGGGAUGUUGGUAGUAGGUACCAGCUUACUUUGUGUUCCUCUGGCUCAUGAUAUUUUUGGUCUCAUUGGCCCCAAUGCAGGGCUUGGCAUUUCCAUAGGCAUGGUGGAUUCCUCUAUGAUGCCCAUCAUGGGACACUUGGUGGACCUGCGCCAUGCCCCGGUCUAUGGCAGUGUCUAUGCCAUCGCUGAUGUGGCUUUUUGCAUGGGCUUUGCAAUAGGUCCGUCCACCGGGGGUGCCAUCGUGCGGGCCAUUGGCUUCCCCUGGCUCACGGUCAUCAUUGGGGUCACGAACAUCCUCUACGCUCCCCUCUGCUACUACUUGAGGAGCCCCCCUGCCAAGGAGGAGAAGCUCGCAGUUCUGAGCCAGGACUGCCCCAUGGAGACCCGGAUGUAUGCAGCUGAGAAGCACACAAGGCAGUUUCCUCUGGGAGAGGACAGCGAUGAGGAGCCUGGCUGUGAGGAGUAGCUGCAGAAACCAGCCCCUGGACCUCGUCACAUGAAGCUCAGACUUCAGCGACCGCUUUGUUCCUGGACCUAGAUCACGACGGACUGUUCAAUAAGCUUCACUUCUAUCUCCCCUGGUGUCUCCUUUCCUCCCCUCCCAUGGGUGCUGCCCCCAGGAUCUCUCCUCUCCUGUGUCACUCACAGCUCUCCCUCUAAGCUUUGAUGCCUCAGCUGGCCCACCUGUGGUGGGAGGACAGAGUGCUGUUUCUUCCUCGGCUUCUGUAAGGCUGUGAUGGGUUCUGCAAGGAGUGACUCAUUUCAUGGAGGCGGCAGUGAGCACUGUUCCCUGAAACCAGCGGGGUGGCUGACAAACCUCAUUUCAUCUGUUAUCUGAUUUUCUCUGGCAACUUCCCAACAGUCUAUAAUAGAGUUCUGUUCUCUGUUCCUCGA